AUGAUUGACACGGGAUGUGGCUGUGGCGAUAUCUAUGCAUUCGUAAAACAGCAAAGUAUCAUUAAGGAGAAGAAGAUAAUCGUCGUCAACACACACAACCAUCCGGAGCAAACGGGUGGGAACUUUCGUUUCUCCACGACUGGCAGGCUUGGGAUGGCGCACAUGGUGGAAGAUCUUUGCGCCUCUGGACGGGAUAAAUACUACACACAGCUGAUGAAUAGCAGCUAUCACUGGGCGGUUGAAACCUACAAAGUGACCAGAUGGCUAGCCGACGAUGAAACAAUUUUGCUAGGAGUCUCCACCGAAGCUCACAACGUGGUGAAGGUUAUAUGGACGCCUGGGCACACGCCGGACAGCCUGGUUCUGUGGUACGCUUAUGACAGCCGCUUGUUCGUCGGUGAUUUGUUCUACAGAUUUGGCGACAUUGUGAUGACGUCCGAGUACACGAGCAUCAGAGAGUAUGAAGGAUCACUUAGAAAGGUGCUCGACUUCAUCAAUAAGCAAUCACAGCCAAAGCAGGUACGGUAUUCGGCAUCAAAGAAUGACACUGAUAACGAAUGUCUUCCCACAUUCAAGCAUUUCCAUCGAUUCUUGUUGGCUGUACUUGCAGGAACGCACGUCGGAGCACCGUUGAGAAUCGACGAAGCGGAAGGUGGCGAUUCGAGACUCGUGACAAAGCGAUGCGGAUCGUUUUGGGGAGAGACAUUGUAG